AGAGUCGACGACGACUCUUCUUCGUUCAGACCAAAACUCUCAAACUCAGCCAUGGCGAAUUAUUACGAACCGCCAGCUUCUGGAAACCGUCGAGACGCAGUGAAAGGUUACAACAGCGGGAGCUUCGACGAUUCAGCCGGCGAUCAGAGUCAAACGAACGAUUACCAGUUAAAGAUAAAGAAAAGCAAAAGCGUUCCAAACGCGGAUCGUGCGGCGUCAAGAAGCUGGAGUUUCAGCGAUCCAGAAUCGCGGAGGAAGAGAAGAGUCGCUGGCUACAAAGUUUAUUCCGUUGAACAGAAGAUGAAGGGAUCCAUUCGAAAGAGCUUCAAAUGGUUCAAAGACAUUAUCGGUAUUUCUUGAUAUACCUUCUCUCAACUUUCUUAAAAUCUCUUCUUUGUGCUGUGAGAGUUAAAUAUAUCUGUAACGAACAAAAAAUUGAUAGUAUUUUCUUUCUCUUGCAACUAUAUGUAGAAGAAGAGUCUUUGAACUUGAAUGAGACAGAUAAUGAAUGAAAUCAGUUUUCAUAUCUACAUGUGAAUAUGACCAUACUUCUUCAGUUACAAUC